AUCGACCAUAAGGGCUUGCACUUCAUCUUUUGGCAGGUACACGCCGUUAUCACCGGCCACCGCCAACGGCAGGACGUCAUUCUUGCCUCGAAACAGAAUCUACAACAAAAAACGACGAUGCACUAAUUGAACAUCGGUGAACGGAAGCUGCUCAACAGCUCAUGUAGCAUGUGGAACAGCGCGGCAUGGGAUAACAGAAGAUACCGGCCGAUCAGCUGUAGACAUCAGUUUCCUGCUCUCCACGCUAUAUAACCGCUAUAAUGCGUUUCCGUCUACUUCUAUUUCGUCGAGCGGCAGUUCAAAAUCCGCAGCGCACGUUUGCGCAAAGCACUGCAGCUCGCUCUGGCCUCCGCUACCGACCACAGGUUCCCUUUCUCUCGGUGCCGACUACAACCGCCGCGCGAGUCCGCUACCUGACCACAGAGCGCAAGGCACAGCUUAAAUACGAAAUCAAGACCGGCAUCAAGUAUGUAGGCUACAUAUGGGUUGCCGGAAUCUGCGUGGUUGUUGCCUGGGUCGCUAUCGGUCAGGAGCUGCUGGAGCGCCGGUAUCCCACCCCACACGAAUGGAGGUACAUGACCCGUUAUCACUUUCGCGGCGGCCACACUGCCCGCUACGAGCCGCCUCCAGGCAGGAUUACCGACUGGUUGCAGGUGGGUUGGUGGGCCGAGCGCACUAUACAGAGGCUUCAAGACCCUAGCAUCGACGGCAAGGACGUCAAGGAUGCGCCAUCGGAUUAUCCGCCCGGGACGAAGGACGUCAGCGCUAAAUCUGAGAACUGGAGGAGAGGCUACUACGAGGCCCUGAUGCUCUACGCCAAGGCAGCAGAGCACAUGGAGGGCUGGGUGGUGGAUAAGUCGAGGAAGAUCUUGUUUCCGCCAGGCGUCAUGAUCGGGCCGUCAAAUCCUUACCCCAAGCCCCUGCCGCCGGGCUACAAGGGCGCUCCGAAGGAGGAAGACUGCGAGUUGCGAUUUGAAUCGCCAGAUACCGUCUACCUCAGAAUCCUCUCAACCGUGGGAUUUACUAACCGUCAGAGAAUCGAAGCUGGCCUAGCGUACGCUUCCUGGCUCGACUACAAGGGCAUCACCGGCCCGGCCAGCAUCAUUCUCGAGGACGCAGUACACCUGGCCGCCUCUGAGCGGCAUGAUCUGCCCUCAGAGCCCCUGGACAACAAGUCAUGGACCCUCAACGACACCGCAGGACCCCCCUCCGAGAACCUGCUGAACGCCCUUACAGCCUACGCCACCUUCCGAGCCCGUCACGGCGACGUAUCAUCAGCCCUGUCCAUCCUCGUCUCCAUCCUCAGAGCAAGGCGAAGCCUCCCUGCACCUCCCUCAACCACUUUAGCAUCCACCCUCCGAUCUCCAGCACCCUCAAAGACAGGUCCCUGGUCCAUACUAUCCGCCAUUUUCACACCACCCGCUUACCCCCCGCCGCCGCCGGACGGCACCGCCCCGCCGGUGCGAGACGCCGGAGAGCUCUGCCAGGAAGCGGCGUUGAGCCUGCACAUAGGCGAGAUCAUGUACGCCUCUUCCAACGCGUCGUCGUCGAGCAAGGAGGAAGGGCUGGCCUGGACGCGCGAGGCCGUCGACAUCGCCGAGGAACAGCUCCACAAGCUGCCCGCCGGGGCGCGCGACAAGGAUGCCGCCCGCGCCACCUGCCGCGAGUGCCUCGCCACGGGCUUGGGGAACUGGGCGACCAUGGUGGCGCGGCUGGCUAGGGAGGAGGAGGAGACGGCCGCUGCGAGGAGGAGGAAGGAUAAGGACGGUGCCGCGGCAGGGAGAGGGUGGUUUGGCAGUCUCUGGGGCGAGGGCGUGGCCAAAGCCGAGGAUACAAGUCUGCCUAAUCGAUGGACGGCCGAGCAAAAGGUGAUUGAGGAGCGCCAGAGGCGGGUAAAGGACGUAUUGGAGGACUUAAAGCCGCUUCCGAGAGGGUGGCAGUCUUGGCUUACUGCGUAAAGGGGCUGAAGAUGUGCCGAUCAAUUGGUUGUGUGUGCAUGUAUAUCAUCAGGUUUGGGGAGUUGGAUGAGCAUGUGUACUUUGAUUCUGGCGCAGGUCUAUGACGCUCGUUAGGAGUGUUUGCGGUAUUGGGCGGAUUGGAGGGUCUUUAAAUUGCGAUGUCGGUUGGCCUUGUAUACAUGCCAGGAACGAACCGCAUGGGGAAGCAAUGUAUCAGAUUGAGAGAUCUGUCGGACUAGCUGCCACUCUGGUAUGCGUUUAUAGGUAUCUGAGUUGCUUUCGAGGUCAUCACAAACCUCGGAUUACGCCAUCGAGCCAACUCUUUGAGUAUGC